CGGGGUUCGCGCCCGUGUGCCCGCAGCCGCUGGACGAGCGCGCGCUGCCCCGCGACAUGCUGCCCGUGUGGUUCUCGGCCGCCGGCCCCGACGCGCUGGGCGCCUACCUGCAGGAGCAGAGCGAGGACUGCCUGUUCCUCAACCUCUACGUGCCCGCCGCGCCCGACGACGUGCACGACCCCGGCGGGCGGAAGCCCGUGAUGGUUUACAUCCACGGCGGCUCCUACAUGGAGGGCACCGGGAACAUGAUCGACGGCAGCGUGCUGGCGAGCUACGGCAACGUCAUCGUCGUCACCGUCAACUACCGCCUGGGCGUGCUGGGCUUCCUGAGCACGGGCGACCAGGCCGCCAAGGGCAACUACGGGCUCCUGGACCAGAUCCAGGCGCUGCGCUGGGUGGAGGAGAACGUCGGCGCCUUCGGCGGGGACCCCAAGCGCGUCACCAUCUUCGGCUCCGGCGCCGGCGCCUCCUGCGUCAGCCUCCUCACGCUCUCACACUACUCCGAAGGCCUCUUCCAGAAGGCAAUCAUCCAGAGCGGCACGGCGCUGUCCAGCUGGGCCGUCAACUACCAGCCGGCCAAGUACGCGCGGGCGCUGGCGGAGCAGGUCGGCUGUGGCGGCGCGGACACGGGCGAGCUGGUGGCCUGCCUGCGCCGGGCGGGCUGGCGGGAGCUGUCGCGCCCCCGCGUGGCGCCCGCCGCCUACCACGUGGCGUUCGGCCCGGUGAUCGACGGCGACGUGAUCCCCGACGACCCGCAGAUCCUGAUGGAGCAGGGCGAGUUCCUCAACUACGACAUCAUGCUGGGCGUCAACCAGGGCGAGGGGCUGCGCUUCGUGGACGGCGUGGUGGGUUCGCCCGCGGGCGUCUCGCCGGGCGCCUUCGACGCGGCGGUGUCCGAGUUCGUGGACCGGCUCUACGGCUACCCCGAGGGCAAGGACGCGCUGCGGGAGACGAUCAAGUUCAUGUACACGGACUGGGCGGACCGGGAGAACGCGGAGGCGCGGCGGAAGACGCUGGUGGCGCUGUUCACCGACCACCAGUGGGUGGCGCCCGCCGUGGCCACGGCCGACCUGCACGCGCAGUACGGCUCGCCCACCUACUUCUACGCCUUCUACCACCACUGCCAGAGCGACGCCAAGCCCGCCUGGGCCGACGCCGCGCACGGCGACGAGCUGCCCUACGUCUUCGGCGUGCCGCUGCUCGGGCCCACCGACCUCUUCGCCUGCAACUUCUCCCGCAACGACGUCAUGCUCAGCGCCGUCGUCAUGACCUACUGGACCAACUUCGCCAAGACCGGGGACCCGAACCAGCCGGUGCCGCAGGACACCAAGUUCAUCCACACGAAGCCGAACCGGUUCGAGGAGGUGGCGUGGACCAAGUACAACCCCAAGGACCAGCUCUACCUGCACAUCGGGCUGAAGCCGCGCGUGCGCGACCACUACCGCGCCACCAAGGUGGCCUUCUGGCUCGAGCUGGUGCCGCACCUGCACAGCCUGCACGACAUCUUCCAGUACGUCUCCACCACCACGCGGGCCCCGCCACCGCCCGACAUGACCGCCUACCCCGGCACGCGCCGCGCCCCCCAGGCCAAGCUCUGGCCCGCCACCAAGCGCCCGUCCGUGACCGCCGCGGCCGCCAACGCCGGUCGAGGCGGCGUCGGCGGCGUACCCCGCGGCAUCGGCGCGAGCGGCAACCCUCGGGACGCGGCGAACACGCGGCCGGCCGAGGACGCCACGGUGCUGAUCGAGACCAAGCGCGACUACUCGACGGAGCUGAGCGUGACCAUCGCGGUGGGCGCCUCGCUGCUCUUCCUCAACAUCCUGGCCUUCGCCGCGCUCUACUACAAGAAGGACAAGCGGCGCCACGAGACGCACCGGCGGCACCACCACCACCACCACCACCACCAGCAGCACCAGCACCACGCGGCCACCGCGGCGGCCACCACGGCGGCGGCGGCGGCCACGCUCCCCCGGGGCGGCCACGUGGCCGGAAGUGACGGCCUCGGGCUGGGCCGCGACGACGACGACCUCCUGUCCUCGGCGAAGCCGCCGUUGCCGCCGACCGGCGCCGUGGGGAUGCCGGGGCGCCACGAUGGCGGCAUAGGCGGCAUCAGCGGCGGCGUCGGCAUCGGCGUCGGCGGCGUCGGCGGCGUCGACGACGUGGCGGGCCUGCGCGUCACGUGCCCGCCCGACUACGCGCUGACGCUGCGGCGCUCGCCCGACGACAUCCCGCUGAUGGCGCCCAGCACCAUCACCAUGAUCCCCAACAGCCUGACGGGGCUUCCGCCGCCGCUGCACACGUUCAACGCGUUCGCCGCCGCCGCCGUGGGGGCCGCCGGCGCCGCCGGGCAGAACGGAUCGAACCUGCCCCACGGGCACUCCACCACCCGCGUAUAGUACCGCCGGGGCGCGGG